CCCUCGUCCCCAAUUGCAUAAAAAAUUCCACCCAAACAGAGCAACACCAUGAAUGGCGAGUGCGACUUGACUGGCUUGACCCGGUGCGGUACCUACGUCGAUGCUACCAUGAAACUUCACGUGAUGGUGGGUUUGAGCCCACCAUUGAUGAGGCUUUGAAGACACGGGCCAACCGCCUGAUCCUACUAUAUUUGGGAGGGAGUGAAUCUUGAACUUGAACACAUGGUGAAAGUAAUACUUGUAAACCUCUCAAUUUCUUGACAAACCAUAAAGAUGGCGUCAAGUGGUAGAGUUUUAUUUGGGGGAUCGUGGACAGAUGUUGGAGGCGGGGGUGGUGGUGGGCUGUGAAAGGAGCAAAGAAUUCAGAAAAAUAUAGAAAUAAUGGAGUGGAUAAUUGAUGAUUGGGAAGGUUUUGGGAAAUUUUUAAGAAGAUUCAUGGAGGAUUUGAAAAAAAGGCCGAGGGAUUAAAGGGAUCAAAAUUCUGUUAAGUCCGAUCAAAUCAUAGCCACCUAAAUCUAGGAACACAAAUGUCAUAUUGAUUGGAUUUAUGGGUCAAAGGGAAAACAAGCAGAAAUGUUUAAGAAGGAAGGCGGUAGAAAUAAGAUUUACAGGUCAUUUGACUGAAAAAAUUAUGCCCACUUCAUGAUUUGGCACACUUGGCUUCUCAACUCACCAAAGUCAAAAGGAAAAAUAAGUUUUUAUUUGACCUGUUGGGGGACAAACAAAUAAUAAUUAUUAACAUUUUGAAUAAAAUUGUGUACAAGAAAAAGUUACAUAAUUUUAGAUCUGCACUACAAAUUCACUUGAGUAGGCAUUAUUUGACAUUGAAAAGCAUAGACAAUCCUGCAUUAUUCAAAUUAUCAACAUUUGAACAAUAAAGUUGCAUGCCCAUAAUUCUAAUGUUAGGCAGAUUUGUCAUUUUUUAUGAUCGUUCCCAAUUCAAAGUCAAACGGGAGUGGGACCCACUUAAACCCAUCCCCAUGCCUCUGAUUUCGCCGAGAUUAAUACCAGUUUUAAAGCCUUCCCUCUCCCUACUUAACCCACUUCCAUUUUUGCAUGUCCAUUACUUUUGAGCUCUCCGCCAAUGGAUGCCGACGAAUUUUACCGGCGACCGGCUGCUGUUCCCUUCAAAUGGGAGAUCAAACCCGGCGUCCCCAGGGCUCACCACCGGCUCUGCCCGUCCCCAAGUCCGCCGCCACAAAAGUUGAAACCUCCUCCCGUUGUAUCCCACUUCCGCCGUCCUUCCGAAUCCUCCUCCUGCUCCCUCCACUCGUCCUCGCGAACCCGGUCUGAUCGCUGGCGGUUCGCUCGGUCCAGUCUCGCCGAACCUCCGCAGGUCUCACCUGCAACUGGAUGCUUCCCCUCGCCUUCGCCGAACCGGAAAUCGGGCAAGAGUAUGAACCGGAAACCCGAACCGAAUUAUACCACUGAAUUGGAGACUUUGUCCCGGUGGUCCGUUUCCAGCAGGAAGUCGAUUUCGCCGUUCAGAGAUUCGGUUUCGUCGUCCCCUUCGUCGUUCUCGUCGUACCAGUCUUCGCCCCGCCCAACGAGUGAUACUGAGUGGGCCGGAUUUGGGCUCUUUUGAUUGAGCCCAUCUCGAGAGUGAAGACCGUGGGCUUUAGAUAUGUUGGGCUGGUUACGGACAGGCCCAGGUGUCGCCCCGUCUAGCUAGUGAUUCUGGUGGGCCAAUUAUGUACUUUUGGGCCCAGCCUAUUUAAUGCAGGGAAGCCCAGUACAGUUCAGUCUUUAAAGUUAAGAGUAGAAUAAGCUCUAAAUCCCGAUAGUACUGUACUUUGCAAUCAUUGGGAUUUUCUAAACUCACAAAUAUGCUAUAAAAGCAAUAAGUUAAAAAAUAUGUUCUUUAUUAUUGGACAUCUAAAUUUCGUUGCAGUAUUAGAAUAAUUAAUUUUGGCAUAAAUAUACAAACUAUAUAUUACAUCCUGCAGCCAAUAAUACAAAUAAAGAUAUAACAUGUUAAAUACAAGUUACAUAAAAAGUACACGCCGAAUU